GGCUGCGUGGGUCGCCAUGGGGACGGGGCUGUUCCCGGGGAGGCUGUGAUGGGUUGACAGGUGCGUGACAGUGGGAGCUGCUCUCGGCACAAGCAUGUACGGCAAAGGCAAGAGUAACAGCAGCGCCGUCCCGUCCGACAGCCAGGCCCGGGAGAAGUUAGCACUCUACGUAUAUGAAUAUCUGCUCCAUGUAGGAGCUCAGAAAUCAGCCCAAACAUUUUUAUCAGAGAUAAGAUGGGAAAAAAACAUCACAUUGGGGGAGCCACCAGGAUUCUUACAUUCUUGGUGGUGUGUAUUUUGGGAUCUGUACUGUGCAGCUCCAGAAAGACGGGAAACAUGUGAACAUUCAAGUGAAGCAAAAGCCUUCCAUGAUUAUAGUGCUGCAGCAGCUCCCAGUCCAGUGCUAGGAAACAUUCCCCCAGGAGAUGGCAUGCCAGUAGGUCCUGUACCACCAGGGUUCUUUCAGCCUUUUAUGUCACCUCGGUACCCUGGAGGUCCAAGGCCCCCAUUGAGGAUACCUAACCAGGCACUUGGAGGUGUCCCAGGAAGUCAACCAUUACUUCCCAGUGGAAUGGACCCAACUCGACAACAAGGACAUCCAAAUAUGGGUGGACCAAUGCAGAGAAUGACUCCUCCAAGAGGAAUGGUGCCCUUAGGACCACAGAACUAUGGAGGUGCAAUGAGACCCCCACUGAACGCUUUAGGUGGUCCUGGAAUGCCUGGAAUGAACAUGGGUCCAGGUGGUGGUAGACCUUGGCCAAAUGCAACAAAUGCCAAUUCAAUACCAUACUCCUCAGCGUCUCCUGGGAAUUAUGUAGGUCCUCCAGGAGGUGGAGGGCCACCAGGAACACCCAUCAUGCCUAGUCCAGCAGAUUCAACCAACUCUGGAGACAACAUGUAUACUUUAAUGAAUGCAGUACCUCCUGGACCUAACAGGCCUAAUAAUCCCUCAGUCACAGUUGCAAUACUCUACGAACAUGCUAUCUAUGCCAGUGCCAUUCUGUUCAUAUUUCCUGUUGAUAUGGAGUAUUCAGACAACCUCACAGGGCUAAAAUUGCACGUCUGCUUUGUCCUUAGAGAUGCUGCUAUAGAUUCCAUUUUUGAAACAGUACAAUGCAAGAGGGAAAUUAAAAUCUUCAACAAUGCCUUGUUUUCUAAAUCUUGUUUACAGAAUUCUCCCAAUAAUAUGAGCCUGAGUAAUCAACCGGGCACUCCGAGGGAUGAUGGCGAAAUGGGGGGAAAUUUCUUAAAUCCUUUUCAGAGUGAGAGUUACUCCCCUAGCAUGACAAUGAGUGUGUGAUCCAUUACCAAGUCUCCUCAUGAGAACCACAGUGAGUCAGCCCUUCACAGAACUACUACGGAAGAAAAUUAUUCAUCACCAUGUACAGUUAAACAAAGGAAUCUCAGUCACACCAAACCAACCUUUUUAUUUCCUGCUCUCUCCCCUAUUUUGUGAAGAAAGCGGGUUCAAACAUGAUUCAAACAACUGUACGGAGCGGCAUAUUAGAAUUGCCCUAAAAUGAACUGCAAAUAAUUAUCUGUGUAUGUAUAUGUGUGGGAAAGAGAAUGUAUUGUAUAUGUGUAUGUUAUAUGGACAUAUACACAUACAUACAUUGACCCACAGGACAUUGUAAAAUAUUAUCACAUGACAUCUUAAGUAGAAAUAAGUAGGGACUUUUAUUCCAUCCUUUUUUUCACGUUUACAUUUUAAUUAUUAAAAGUUGCUCCUGCCCCUCCCUGAACUAUUUUGUGCUGUGUAUAUCACUGCUUUAUAUAAGUUAUUUUUUAAGGUGAACUCAGAUGUUAUGGUUUUGUAAAUGUCUGCAAUCAUGGAUAGGAAUAAAAUCGCUUAUUUGAGAGCUUUCAUUAAA